AUGUUCGAUCCAUCUACUCCUCCAACAGCUUGCUGCCCCUUCUGCACAAUCUGCAACAUCUUCAAGCCCUAUGAUCCUCUCAACCCUCCUCCCCAAUCAUCACCAUCCAUAGACCCCGAGCUCGUCUCCCCUGCUUCUUUCAUCGUGCUCUCCACCCCGACGCUCAUCGCCUUCCUCGACAUCCUACCUCUCAGCCGCGGUCACCUCCUCCUCUGCCCAAGGCCUCAUCGCCCCAAGCUCACCGACGUGACCGACUCCGAGUCCGCCGAGCUGGGUCGCUAUCUACGCGUCUUAUCCAAGGCUACAGCUCGCGCCACAGGUGUCGAGGACUGGAACGUGGUGCAGAACAACGGCGCCGCUGCAGCCCAGGUCGUCCCGCACAUGCACUUCCACGUCAUCCCCAGACCGGAAAUUCGCGCCAGCGGCAGGUUCAGUGAGAGCUUCACCAUGUUUGGAAGGGGGAAGCGGGAAGAGCUGGAUGACGAUGAGGCGGCUCAGCUGGCCGAGGAGCUGAGACAGAGUGUCGCCGCCGUCCUGAAGGAAGAGGAGGAGAGUCGAAAGGCCAAACUAUAG